AUGCAUCUACUAGAGAGUCCAUACCGAAGCAGGAGCUACGAAACGUGGGAGGCGGGUAGGGACGCGGAGCUCCCCAGUGACCGACCGGACAAGCGAAACAAAAAGAAAUGUCAGAAUUAUCGAAAUAUAAGAGGCUAUUUACCAGGGCGAAGAGAACGAUACAUUGGAUCUAAAGGCGAGGUAUUGAUUGAUGUGCGGUCACGAGUGCGAUGGCAUAGGCACAAAAAAGAGAUAGCUGAUAGAAAAAGUCGCAACGGAAUAGGCCAUGUAACUCCAGUAUGCAAUGAAAUCCCCGUCUUCAUUAUCUGGAAAGACGACAAGCCCUCCGCCACAUGCUUUGUUGCCGACCACCACAAGCUGAAUGGGAAGCUCGGACCGCACUACGGUACAUCAUAUUCCCCACCAGGAUUUACCUUAAAAUUGGUAGCACUCUCGAUCCUAACUUCCAUUGGGGUCAAUCCAGCCCAAGUCUAG